GGGUCCCCCCGAGCCCUCCCGUGUUCCCACCGGGUUCCCCCAAAUCCCCCCGUGUCCCCGCCGGGUCCCGCAGCGCCCUCCCGCCUCCCCCGGUGUCACCGCUGCCCUUCCCCGGUGUCCCCGGUGCCCCCCGAGCCCCGGUGCCCCGCCAUGUCCCCCGGCCUCCGCCUGCCCGCCCGGGCCGCGCUCCUGUCCCGCUCCCCGCCCGAGCCGGGGCUGCCCCGGGCUCCCCCGGUCCCCUCCGUCUCCUCCCCGCUGCCCCGGGGCUCCCCGGAGCCCUCCCGGCCCCGGGGCCUGGCCGAGAUGCCGGGGCCGAGCUCCGCCGCCUUCAUCUUCGAGCUGCUGUGCCGGGGGGGCGUGCGGAGGCUGCACGAGAUGCAGGUCCAUGGCCGGGCCCGGUUCGGCCCGGUGUGGCGGGCCCGCUUCGGCCCGGUGCUCACGGUUCACGUGGCCGAGCCCGCGCUCGUGGCCCAGGUGCUGCGGCAGGAGGGCCCCGAGCCCCGGCGCGCCCUCAGCUGCCCCUGGAAGCAGCACCGGGAGCUGCGGGGGGCACCGGGGGGGCUCCUGACCCUGGAGGGCGAGGCGUGGCGCGGCUCCCGGCGGGUCCUGGCUCGGGCCCUGCUCCGCCCGGGCGCUGCCGAGGCCUUCGCGGCCCCGGUGGCGGCGGCCGUGGCCGAGCUCGUGGCGCGGCUGCGGCGGCUGCGGCGGCGCCACCCCCGGGGCCUCGUGCGCGACAUCGGCACCGAAUUCAACCGAUUCGGCCUCGAGGCCAUCUCCUGGGUGCUGUUCUCCUCCCGCCUGGGCUGCCUGGGGGACCCUGGGGACUCUGGGGACAGCAGUGACACCGAGGCCGUGCUGCAGAGCGUGGGAGCAGUGCUGGCGCUGACGCUGGUGACAAUGGCACUGCCACGUCCCCUCCUGCGCCUCGUCCCCGCGCCCUGGGACGCCUUCUGCCACGCCUGGGACCAGCUCUUCGCCUUUGCCAAGGGACACGUGGACCGGCGCGUGGCCGAGGUGGCAGCGCGGGGGCCGCUGGCCGAGGGGGACACGUGUGUCACCGACCUGCUGGCCCGGGAGCGCGUCCCCGUCAGCAGCAUCUACGGGAACGUCACCGAGCUGCUGCUGGCCGGGGUGGACACGGUGGCCAGCACGCUGGCCUGGAGCCUGUACGAGCUGGCCCGGAACCCGGGGGCGCAGGCGGCCCUGCACCGCCAGCUGCUCACUGCCACCAACGGUGUCACCGGCGGUGACAGUGCCACCACCGACCGUGCCACUGCUGCUGCCACCGCCGCCGCGCUGGGACGGCUGCCACUGCUGCGGGCGGUGGUGAAGGAGACCCUCAGGCUGUACCCCGUCAUCCCGGCCAACGCCCGCGUUGUCCCCGAGUGUGACAUCCACGUCGGUGACUACCUGGUGCCACGCCAGACCCUCAUCACCCUGUGCCAUUACGCCACGUCCCGCGACAGCCGCUACUUCCCCGCGCCCGACGCCUUCCGCCCGGAGCGCUGGCUGCGCCACGGGGACACCGCUGGGGACACCGGGGACACCGCUGGGGACACUGGGGACAGCCCUGGGGACACCCCUGGGGACAGCCCUGGGGACAGCCCCGGCCCCAGGCACCCCUUUGCCUCCCUGCCCUUCGGCCUCGGCCCGCGCAGCUGCGUCGGGCGCCGCCUGGCCGAGCUGCAGCUGCACAUGGCGCUGGCACAGAUCCUGUUGCACUUUGAGGUGCGGCCGGAGCCCGGGGGGAGCCGCGUGCGCCCCAUGACCCGAACCCUGCUGGCCCCCGGAGCCCCCAUCAGCCUGCGCUUCCUCGAGAGGUGACAACGGGGACAUGGGGACAAUGGGGACACCAGGGACUCUGGAGAUACGUGGGAACACUGGGGACACCAGAGACUCGAGACAGCAGGGACAUUGGGGACACUGGAGACAUGGGGACACCAGGGACACUGGGGACACCAGAGACUCUGAUGAUACAUGGGGACAAUGGAGACAUGGGGACAUGGGGACAACUGGGGACAUGGGGACACCAGGGACAGUGCAGAGACCUUGACCCCAGCGGUGACUUCACCACCAGUGAUGGCACCGACCCCAACGGUGGCCUUGACCCCACAGUGUCCCCAGUGUCAUCCCAGCCCUGUCCCUGUGGGUGACCCCAGCCCAGAGGUGGCCCUGACCCCUCGGUGACAUUGGCCAUGGUGGCAGCAGCCCCCACACCAUGGCACUGCUGGCUCUGGCAGUGUCACACACCCUGUGCUGGCCUCGUCCCCACGGUGUCCCCAACCCUGUGGGAACCUCAGCCUGGAGGUGGCCUUGUCCCCAUGGUGUCCCCAACCCCAUUGGGGUGACUCCCUGGUGGUGGCCUUGUCCCCACG